AUGUCUGGCCGAGGCAAAGGUAAAGCUAAGGGCACCAAGUCCAAGACUCGCUCAUCCCGUGCCGGACUUCAGUUCCCCGUCGGCCGUAUCCAUCGUCACCUCCGUAAGGGCAACUACGCUGAGAGAGUAGGCGCCGGUGCACCUGUAUACCUUGCUGCAGUCCUAGAGUAUCUGAGUGCUGAGAUAUUGGAGCUUGCCGGUAACGCUGCUCGUGACAACAAGAAAACGAGGAUAAUCCCGCGUCACCUACAGCUUGCCGUAAGAAACGACGAGGAGCUGAAUAGGUUAUUGCAUGGUGUUACCAUUGCGCAGGGCGGGGUCCUACCAAACAUCCAAGCAUCUCUUCUCCCGAAGAAGACCGAGAAAAAGAGCAAGUGA